AUGUCCGACCCCAGCUCGUUCUGUGACCCGGAGCAAUUCAUCAUCAACCACCUCAACCUGUACCUGAGUGUGGACUUCACUAGAAGAGUCAUCUCCUCCUCCGCUGCCCUGACCGUCAGAUGUCUGCAGGACUCCAUCUGUAGCCUGAUUUUGGAUACCAAGGACCUCACCAUAAAGAAAGUUUCGGUAAAUGGACAAGAGGCCAAAUUUUCCCUUGGGACAAGUCACAGUUUUAAAGGCACUCCUCUUGAGAUCGGUCUUCCCUCUCCACUGACAAGAGGGCAGGAAGCCAUAGUGGAAAUCAGCUCUGAAACCUCUCCCAAAUCCUCAGCUCUUCAAUGGCUCAACCCCGAGCAGACCGCAGGGAAGACUCAUCCCUAUCUUUUCAGCCAGUGCCAGGCUACACAUUGCAGAACAAUCAUUCCUUGUCAAGAUACUCCAGGUGUGAAAUUCACCUACUACAGUCAGGUUUCCAUUCCUAAAGAACUAGUGGCGCUGAUGAGUGCUCUUAAUGAUGGGGAUUUCCUUGAUCCAAAUGACAGCAAGAGGAAGAUCUAUCGCUUCAAGCAAAAUGUGCCAAUACCAAGCUACCUAAUUGCCCUGGUUGUUGGAGCUUUAGAAGGAAGGAAGAUUGGCCCCAGAACAACAGUAUGGACUGAGAAGGAGCUGCUAGAGGCUUCUGCCUAUGAGUUUGCAGAGACAGAGAAAAUGCUGAAAUAUGCUGAAAAUCUGGUUGGACCUUAUGUUUGGGGGAAAUAUUGAUGAUCUACUUAUUUUACCACCAUCAUUUCCUUAUGGUGGCAUGGAAAAUCCCUGUCUUACUUUUGUAACACCUACUGUUUUGGCUGGUGACCGGUCUCUUGCAAGUGUCAUAGCACAUGAAGUUUCACACAGCUGGACAGGAAACUUGGUUACAAACAAAACUUGGGAAAACUUCUGGUUAAAUGAGGGCCACACUGUCUAUCUAGAGCGGAGGAUUGAUGGACUCCUCUAUGGGGAACAGUUUCGGCAGUUUAAAGCCUUGGGCGGUUGGAAAGAACUUCAAAAUUCGAUUAACACCUUCGGGGCAACCAAUCCUCUUACAAAUCUUGUCCCUAAUCUGCAUGAGGUGGAUGUGGAUGCAGCAUUUUCUUCUGUCCCUUAUGAAAAAGGGUUUGCUUUCCUAUUCUAUCUAGAACAGCUUCUGGGAGGACCAGAUGUAUUCCUUGGUUUUCUAAAAACAUACAUACAGGUGUAUGCUUACAAGAGUGUAACUACAGAUGAAUGGAAGAAAUUCUUGUAUUCAUAUUUCAAAGACAAGGUGGACCUUCUUGACAAAGUUGAUUGGAAUGGAUGGAUGCAUACACCAGGUUUACCACCUGUGCAGCCAACGUAUGAUAUGACCCUGGCUAAUGCUUGCAUUGCACUCAGCAACAGAUGGGUUGAGGCCAAGGAAAGUGAUCUGAACUCAUUCACAGCAGCAGAUGUGAAAGAAUUAUCAUCCCAUCAGCAAAUUGAGCUCCUGACUCUCUUGCUUCUUAAGGAUCCCUUGCCGGUUUCCCAUGUGAAGCGCAUGCAGGAGGUGUACAACUUCAAUGCUGUAAAGAACUCAGAAAUUCUCUUUAGGUGGCUGCGUCUCUGCAUCCGUGCUCAGUCAGUGGGAAGAUGUCAUACCACUGGCACUGAAAAUGGCAACAGAGCAGGGACGGAUGAAGUUCACUCGGCCUUUAUAUCGGGACCUAUACAACUUUGAUAAGGCACGGGAUCAAGCUGUGAGCACUUUCCUGAAGAAUCGAUCAUUUAUGCAUCCAGUUACUGAAAUGCUGGUAGCAAAGGAUCUUCAUGUUGAGGGCUGA